AGAAUGUUUUGAUAAUAAUAUUUUUCAUAAUUUUUAAGAAAUCUAACGAUGUUUUACUAUAUUUUGACUAUUUGUCUACUGCUACAAUUCGUACAAACAUUUGAGAAGAAAAGUGAUUGUGGUUGCAAUGCUUUCGAUGAGGGUCGUAAGUACUCUGCUGAGAACAACUUUUUAGAAUCUAUAAAUAAAAACUUGGAGCAGUGUCAUUCUAAUAGCGAAUUAACUGAUCCAAAAGAUAUUCCAAACGAAAAUAUGUUGCUCAUACCUGGUGGUGAAUAUCAGGUUGGCACAGACGACAUCGCUAUUGAGACAGACAAAGAAGGGCCAAAAAGGAUGGUGAAGUUAAGCAAAUUCUUAUUAGAUAAAUACGAGGUGUCAAAUAGAGAUUUUGAUCAUUUUGCCAGAGUAACAAAUUAUAAGACUGAAGCUGAAGUUUUUGGAGAUAGUUUUGUAUUUACAUUAUUUCUUAACAAUACAUUUAAGGAUCAACUAAAAGAUUUUAGAGUUGUACAGGCGCCUUGGUGGUAUAAAGUAGCGGGCGCAAACUGGAGACAUCCUCACGGGCCUGAUUCUGAGAUAUCAGAUAUUAUGGACCACCCUGUGGCACAUGUGUCAUGGUCAGAUGCCAAAGCAUUUUGUAAGUGGAGAGGAGCCCGUCUCCCAACGGAAGCUGAGUGGGAGGCAGCGUGUCGCGGUGGACAACGCAACACCAAAUAUCCUUGGGGUGACAAACUAUUUCCAAAUAAAAAACACAUGGCAAACAUCUGGCAGGGUACUUUCCCCACUCAUAAUUCAGCUAAAGAUGGAUUCAUUGGCACAAAUGCUGUUGAUUUAUUUCCUGAAAAUGGUUUUGGACUUCAUAACAUGGCAGGAAAUGUUUGGGAGUGGACUGAAGAUCCCUGGUCAAAAGAACUUCCAAAAGAGAAAGUAAAAAAGGGUGGGUCAUACCUAUGUCAUCGAUCAUAUUGCUACCGUUACCGAUGCUCAGCAAGAUCACACAAUACAGAAGACAGUUCUGCUGGAAAUCUUGGGUUUCGCUGUGCCAAAUCUAUUUGAAACAAGUCCCAGCUAAUAUGCAGAAUAGGUGGCAGCCAAAUUUUAACAAUUAAGCAGGCAGUACUUAAUAGUUACCUAACGAUCAAAUGUACCUGCCAAGCCUCGCAUUUACGAAAUAGAUUGUAUUGUCUAAUCCUAAAGAUCUUAUACUACCAAUCAAUCUAUUUUAAAUUUUUUUGUAUGAUUUUUUUGUAAAUGUUACAAUAUAAUUAGGGAUUAUUUUGUAACUAGUCUUCCAAUUGCAUGUAAUAUUAGCACUUUUGUGUAAUGUAAUGUUGUUAUGAACUAAAAAAGUUAUAGAAAGUAGAAGCAAUUGAAGUAAAAUGGUCCUAGCAGUCUAGCAUCGUAUUUAGGGUCAUUUUUAGGGCUGGCCCCUGGUAUGUCAUGAUUCUACAAACUGGCAUCUUCAAAUGGGUAGCCCAAAAUCCUGGAGGAGGGGCACGGCCCCCCACUAUAUACGCGCACGUCGUCUAGUUCAUCAUAGAGCAGAUUUAUUUAUUGGAAAUGGGUAUAUUAUACUUAAUAUCUUAUGACAAAACUUUAAAUUUUGUGCACAAUUAUUCCUAUAUUUAAGUUUCAUCACUAUUUACAUAAAACAUGAAUUACAAUAUUAUAAUAUACUUAGAAUCUCCUACUAUUUCCAUUGACUAAGCUUAUUCGAUAUUAUAUUUUGUUUUUACGAUU